CGAGCUCCUGCGACUGAGCGACACGGUUCGCGAGUGUAGCGCCAAGUGCGAGCGCCACGGCAGUAAACAUGGCGACAUCAUCGAGUGAACUGUUCGAACGGCUCGACAGACAGGGCAUUCCGAAAUCGAAAAGAAAACUCCAGAAACACCUACGUAGCGCUGGCCUGGCAUACAUUUCCCGGACGGGAAAACUCAUCCCCGCCAAGACGGUGGCAAAUGAACUCUGCCAAUGCCCCCACAAAUGUGAUAGCAGCGUGCCGAUGGAGGCGCGGCAUCAUCUCUUCACCCACUUCUACGGUCUCGGCGAGGCAGACAUGCAGAACCAGUUCCUGCGGCAACACAUGGACCUUAGAGCGCGUCUUAACGUCCCCGAGUCGACGGGAUCGGGAAGGGCGCCGCGACGCAUCACCUGCAAGUACCUGGUGCCCCUGCUGCCAACCCAGGAAACGGUCGAGGUGUGCCAAAAAGCGUUCGUCAGCGCGUUUGUGAUAACCACCAAACGGGUACGGCUCCAGAGGGAGAAGCUCAUUUCCAGCUUGGGGCUCAACAGCUACAGCAGUCAUAACAGAAGUAAGAAUAACAACAACAAUCCCACCGCCGUCAACAAAAACAACAGUACUCUAACAGCAGAAUCCACCGAUACCAACGCAGAUAACAAAACCUCUCAGUCGCCAAUCAAGCUAAACAUCAAGUUACCUAAGGAGGAGAAGAUGGAAAUCGACUCUCCAGAAGAACCAAAGAACCCCUCCAAGCAGACGACGGCCAAAAGAUCCCGUCGUCGGAUCGACAACCCUCUCAUACCAUUCGGCCUCUUCCUACCCGAUGGAGUUACCAUAGCUCCGGUGACGGCCACCCCGGACCACGACAGGGACAUUGCGAUAGUCAACAACUUCUUCUCCAACCAGCUAUGGAAACCAGAGUACAUUGGAGCGUACUCAUGAGGUCAGUCGUACCAAUCGAAAAGAUCCAUCCUGCCCACCGUACUUAGUCCAAUUAACAUUAUCGAUGAUCAAUUUUUACCUUUACAAAGAGAGAAUACCUUUACGUAUUGUUAUUUAUAUUUAUACAACAUAGUUUAUUUUAUGGAAAGUAUAUCAGAUUGUUUGGAACGCAAAAGUUCUUAGAUAGUUAUAAUUGACAGUUAUAUAUAUUUAAUUAUGUUUUUGUGAUAGUUGAAUCGAUUGAGGCAAUCGACUAGUCUCAGGCAAAUUUAUCUAGUGCUCUUAUUUCCUUUGAAACUAUUUUACGUGUAACUGAGAUAACGCAAAAGAAACGAGCAUGCGUCACACACAAGCUAAGAACAGUUGACUUUCAGUCGGAGCCGUUUCAGAUAUUUAAUUUUCUUAGUAUGUAUCAUUUAGUAUCCUGAAUGUAACACAUGGGCUGAAAAAUUCCAGGCUUGAGAAAGAAAACGCUUUUUUUUGUUCAAAAAUUGGCUUUAUUCAUCAACGUAAUCUCCACCAAGAGCCACACAAUCAUCAAAACGCCACUCUGACAUUUCGAUACCACUUUUGUUGAACGACUUAUCUUUUGCCUCAAAAUAGGCCUCAGAUUCAGCAUUAACCUUUAUAUUCGAGCGGAAUUUCUUACCAGUGAGUAUUUUUUUAAGGUCUGCGAUGAGCCAGUAGUCGAUGGAAGACAAAUCUGGCGAAUACGGUGGAUGUAGGAGCAAUUCGAAGUUCAUUUAUAAAGUAAUGUCACUCUUAGCACAAUAACUCAAACUUAUGAGUAGAAUAUCAUGACAUUUCAACAGCGUCAUCUAUGUGUUAGGCCCGAGACUUCAGCCCAUGUACAUUCACUGCACACAUUUCUUUGAAAAUACUGAACUUUGUGUUAACUCAAUUUACGUUAAGUAGCUUUCAGUAUAUACUUACGUUAACCAAAAUCACUUGAAGCGCCAAAGCUUCCCUAAACUUUCUGUUGAUAAUUUAUGUUGUUUAUUAUACUUUGUUAUUUUUAUGAAAUAUUUAGUGUACAUAUUUUAUUUACUGUAUGAACUUGUUUUCUGGUCGAAACCAAACUGUUGUGUCUUGAAAUAUUUACUGAAGUGCCUUCUUGGAGCCUUUGAAAUCUGUUGUUUGACAUGUUUGCAAUAUUAAUGAAUUUACACCAUUAUCAAGACCAAUAUUUCUAUAAUAUACAGGCUGUUUUUUUUAGCUAAUCCCACUAUUGCUAUCUCAGAAAUGAUAAAAUCUACGAGGUCGGUUCGUUUGGACAAAAGUUUCUUAUUUCGGGGAACUACAAUAAUCUUUUUUCAGAUCAGUGGAUAUUUUUGGAAUAUUGGCCGAAAACUAGAAUUGUCUAAUACUUUUUGAGUCCAGAACUCAAAGGUAUACAUAAACUCUACAUAUCGGAAUAACAUGUAAUAUACCAAGUAACAAACAGAAGGAAAAAAAUGUCAAAAUACUUCUAACCAUCUACGUCGUUCACGAUAUCUCAGUGAAUGUUCAAAUUGCUGUUCUUCGUUCCUCAAACACACAUUCGCUCUUGCAAUAGUAUUUUUAUGGCAAUUUCCCAGCAUGUCAAUAUUGCCAAAAAUUGAGCCGAUUACCUUGUCUUUAAAUAAUCCCCGCAAUGAAAAGUCUAUAAGGAUCAGGUUAGGUGAACGUGGUGGUCAUUUAAUAGGACCAUUGUUUCCUAUUCAUCGUUUUGGCAUAUUGGUAUUGAGCAAAUCUCUGCAAAUAGUACUGUGAUAUGGCGGAGCUCCAUCAUGUUGGAAAUACUGAUAAUUCCUCAGAAUAUUCAAAGGCAAGAAUUCCAAAUAUAAUUCCCCAGUCAAAGAUGUCACAAAAGAGUAGGGACCUAGAUCCUGGAUUCUUGGAAAUUUGUAGCUUUGUAGAAAGGAAUUCUCAAUCUUAAAAUAGAUUAUUCUAGUUUCCAAAAUAGCAAUAGUGACAUCAGCUAAAAAACGGCCUUUAUAAAAAUAUUUCAUGUACUUUAUUAGGCAUUUCUUACUUAAGAGUAUAUUUAAGUAUAAGGGAAAAAAUUAGUGAAAAAAAAAUGAAUUGUGCCUACUAUGGAGUUUAACUCCCCUUUUGUGUCUUAUCUUACAUAACCAAACUAUCAGGAGGUUCAACCUUCCCUGAACUUAAUAUGGGUACUACCUGUGAAUGAUAAAUAUCACCACCACUUAUGUAUUGAUUGUUGUUUAUAUUUUUACAUGGCAAAUCAUUGUGAAUGGAAUAUCUAGUUGUUUUCAAUAUAAGUGUUUUGUAAUUCA